AUGAGCUCUAAAACCAACACACUCCCAAAUCCUCUCAGAAAUUACCGAAGAAGAAGAACCAAACGAUCUCUAACCCAUUCCCGUCGUCGCUUCCACCGCCGUCACAAUGCAGGCUGCCGGCCGGGGGAUUCGACUCUCGGCUGCUCCGAAGUCUCCACCAAAUUGGAAGCUCUGCAGAGCCUCAUCCCGCCGCAAUCCGCCGCUGGACACGGCCAACCACGGCAAGCGGAUGAGUUGUUCAAGGACACCGCCGACUACAUUGUUGUUUUGAAAACCCAAGUCGUUAUCUUGCAGAAGCUGGUUGAUUUUUUUGGAUCCGCCUGCAGUGACUCCCCAGACGCCGUCGUUUCAUAG